AUGGACUGCGCGCCCCCGACCAGCGGCGGCGGUGCCAGCGGUGGCGGUGCCAGCGGUGGUGGUGCCAGCGGCGACGGUGCCAGCGGCGGCGUUGCCAGCGGCGGCGUCGCCAGCGGGGGCUUUGCGCUGUGCUCCGUGUGGAAGGAGCUGCCCGCCGUCCCGGCAGACUGGGGCGAGGAUGCUGAGAAGUUUGCCUCGAAGCCGAGGGAACGCUGCUGGCAGAUGCACGAGUUCUCUCGAAGCCGCAUGACCUGGGACCUGCUGGGCUUGCUGCUACUGCUGUACGACGCCUUCGCGACGCCCUGGCAAGUCGCCUUUGGAGAACUGGCGCCGGCCGAGGUCAUGGCUUGGCUGCUACCUGUGUAUUGGACGGCGAACAUCAUCCUCACGUGCUGCUUUACAACCUUCUCCUCCGGGGGAGUGUUGCAGACGAGGAAGAAGGCCAUGUUCCUCAGAUACGCCACGCAAAGCUUCUUGAUGCUCGACUUGCUGACCACUGGUCUGGAUAUUCUGGUGCUGGCUGUGCGCUACGACCUGUCUCAGUCCACCUAUCAAGUAUUGCGCAGCUUUGUGCAGGACAAGGACAUCUUCCUCGCCAUUCAAUCUGUGCGUUUGCUGCGAACGCUGCGUAUCAACAGGAAUCUCCUGGGCGUCCGAGCGCGGGUUCGUUCAGAAGCCUGGCGUGCCCUGGGCGGCUUGGCGGUGAGCUGUCUCCUGCUGCUGGUGGGUGCGCACAUCGUUGCCUGCGCUUUGUACUACCUGGGCUCGGCAAGUGGUGGCAAUGCUGCCACAUGGCUCCAGGACUACGCACAAACCCAACAGCAGGAGGACAACGUCUCCAUGUACUUCGCAGCCUUUUUGUGGGCUUUGGCACAAUUGACCCCGGGUCUGGGACCCAGCCCUGUGAAUCCCAGGAGCCAUGCAAGAUCUGGUCUUCACCAGUGUGGUGCAUGUACUUGCCCUCCUCUGUCUGCUUUGCAUCCUGCUGCAAGUGGCAGGUGUUGCCCUUCGACUGGAGCGCGGGAAGUUCCCGAGGCACCAGGUGGCCUGCCGCGCCUAUCUCUCCGAAGGACCGCGCCCAGCGAAAGACCUGCAGCAGCACAUUUGGAGCUGGCUGGAGACGGAGCCGCGCGGCGUGCCACGGAGCUUCCGUGGCUGGCAAGGCCCUCGCUGCCUGGAGGCGCCAGCCGAGCCGAGCCAGUCGCCCCUGGCGGCCUUGCCAGUAGUGCUGCGGCAGCAGUUUGCCAAGGCCAGCUGGGCACACCCUUGUUGACCCUGCAUCCCUUCUUCCACGAGCUCGACGUGGCGCACCCACAGGCCAUCAAGGAGGUGAUCAACUGCUUGCAGCAGCGCUUCUAUAGCCCCACCCAGGACAUUUUUGUGGCGUCAAGUAUCGCCAAGUGCAUGUAUGUGAUAGCAAAGGGCAUGGCUUCGUACGCCAAAGAGGCCAACUUCCUGAGCCCCAAGAGGAGGCCAGACGUGAGGGUGGCGGUUGGCCAACACGUGGCUGAAGGGGGGCUGUGGCUUGAGAACUGGGCGCACCUCGGCACCUUGACGGUGGCGGGCCUGGAGGAUGGAUGCUGCGAGGUACUGUCCCUGGACAGCCUCAGCUUUGGCACCCUGCUGCGGCGUGGCCCCUGCGAGCUCUGGCAGGCGGCGUCGAGCUAUGCACGAGCCUUCGCACGGCGCGCCAGCGACGGCAUCUCAGAUCUGGAUGCGGAUACAGAGGGGCUGAUGAAGAUCACGGAUGAGGCCUUCGCCGAUGCGCUGAGAUUCUUGGCGCAGGCCAAGUGGAUCCGAUCGGAGCCGGGGACUUUUCAUCGAGCUGGGAGGUAG